GGCGGGGAGCGGCGCGGAAGCCGGGCCACAUAAAGGAGCGGGCGGCGCGACGGGGGCGGCUCUUUCCUGGGUGGGGUUUGCGAAGUCGUGGCCCGUUAGCAGGAAGCCGAACAGUCGCCCCGACGCUACUGAGGACCCAAUCUGAGUCCCCGGCCACCCGAAUCCGAGCCGUGUGUACUGCGUGCUCAGCACUGCCCGACAGUCCUAGCUAAACUUCGCUAACUCCGCUGCCUUUGCCGCCACCAUGCCCAAAACGAUCAGUGUGCGCGUGACCACCAUGGAUGCAGAGCUGGAGUUUGCCAUCCAGCCCAAUACCACUGGCAAGCAGCUAUUUGACCAGGUGGUGAAAACUAUUGGCUUGAGGGAAGUUUGGUUCUUUGGUCUGCAGUACCAGGACACUAAAGGUUUCUCCACCUGGCUGAAACUCAAUAAGAAGGUGACUGCCCAGGAUGUGCGGAAGGAAAGCCCCCUGCUCUUUAAGUUCCGUGCCAAGUUCUACCCUGAGGAUGUGUCUGAGGAAUUGAUCCAGGACAUCACUCAGCGCCUGUUCUUUCUGCAAGUGAAAGAGGGCAUUCUCAAUGAUGAUAUUUACUGCCCGCCUGAGACUGCUGUGCUGCUGGCCUCGUAUGCUGUCCAGUCUAAGUAUGGCGACUUCAAUAAGGAGGUGCAUAAGUCUGGCUACCUGGCCGGAGACAAGUUGCUACCGCAGAGAGUCCUGGAACAGCACAAACUCAACAAGGACCAGUGGGAGGAGCGGAUCCAGGUGUGGCAUGAGGAGCACCGUGGCAUGCUCAGGGAGGAUGCUGUCCUGGAAUAUCUGAAGAUUGCCCAAGAUCUGGAGAUGUAUGGUGUGAACUAUUUCAGCAUCAAGAACAAGAAAGGCUCAGAGCUGUGGCUGGGGGUGGAUGCCCUGGGUCUCAACAUCUAUGAGCAGAAUGACAGACUGACUCCCAAGAUAGGCUUCCCCUGGAGUGAAAUCAGGAACAUCUCUUUCAAUGAUAAGAAAUUUGUCAUCAAGCCCAUUGACAAAAAAGCCCCGGACUUCGUCUUCUAUGCUCCCCGGCUGCGGAUUAACAAGCGGAUCUUGGCCUUGUGCAUGGGGAACCAUGAACUAUACAUGCGCCGUCGCAAGCCUGACACCAUUGAGGUGCAGCAGAUGAAGGCACAGGCUCGGGAGGAGAAGCACCAGAAGCAGAUGGAGCGUGCUAUGCUGGAAAACGAGAAGAAGAAGCGUGAAAUGGCAGAAAAGGAGAAAGAGAAGAUUGAACGGGAGAAGGAGGAGCUGAUGGAGAAGCUGAAGCAGAUCGAGGAACAGACUAAGAAGGCUCAGCAAGAACUGGAAGAACAGACCCGUAGGGCUCUGGAACUUGAGCAGGAACGGAAGCGUGCCCAGAGUGAGGCUGAAAAGCUGGCCAAGGAGCGUCAAGAAGCUGAAGAGGCCAAGGAGGCCUUGCUGCAGGCCUCCCGGGACCAGAAAAAGACUCAGGAACAGCUGGCCUUGGAAAUGGCGGAGCUGACAGCUCGAAUCUCCCAGCUGGAGAUGGCCCGACAGAAGAAGGAGAGUGAGGCUGUGGAGUGGCAGCAGAAGGCCCAGAUGGUACAGGAAGACUUGGAGAAGACCCGUGCUGAGCUGAAGACGGCCAUGAGUACACCUCAUGUGGCAGAGCCUGCUGAGAAUGAGCGGCCAGCCUCUCGAAACAGUUUAAGUGAUGGCGGCAUCGUGCAUGCGUCGAUCGCAGAGCCCCCGAUGUGCCGAUGUGCCGUGGCAUCACCCCCUCGACCAGCAGGGCUUCCUG